UUCCUCAUUUCUAGCCACACCUCCUAUAUCAGAAAUCUCUGUAAUAAAUACAUAAUCACCACCAACACGAUCCGCCCCCAUCUUCUUCUUCUUCCUCCUCUUCCUUUUUCUCCCAUGUGAGGAGGAAAGAAGCCAGAGAACGAGAGAGGAACAAAUCUAAAACUAGCGAAGAACAGCGCAAUCAAUUCUGUAUUUCAUGAUGUUUAUAUAAAUUUUAUUUUAUUUGAAAAUCUUUUCAUUUCUCUCUUUGUUCCUAAUUUAAUAUCAUUUUCUGGUUAAAAACAACGACACAUGGGGACUGAGAUUUUGAGGCCUCAGGAUUGUUUAAUCGAGCGGAUCAGAGUUUCUCCUUGUCGCCGGAGGAAUUAUUAUUAUGGAAACUCUUAUACUAACACUAAGACUUAUGACUCUAACCCUAGAUUUAACAGAAAGCCGGUGGUCAGAUCAGAGAGGACUGACCAGAGAAAGCGCCAGCCGGAGCCACCGUUGAUCUCGAAGAGGUCGAAUUCGGUUGGUGAUUUGAAGAUCUCGAAAAACCAUCACCAGAAUCAUGGCUACAAAAGCAGCCACAAUCUCGUUAUGGAGAAGGUGACGAUUUUGCGACGAGGUGAGUCGCUUGAUUCGAAGAUCCAGAACAGCGAAAACGCUGCUGCUUUGAAGAAGGAUCAGGCCGGAGAUGUUGUCGUUACUGGUACGGAUCGGUUGGGUCCCGACCCAGGAAUGUUAGCGAAGCAGCUCAGAAUAGCUGAUAUCAGAUCUCCGGUUACCGUGAAAUGCGACGUGUACGCAGGUUCGGCUUUUGCAGUUUCGCCGGCCCCGAGCUCGCUCCCGUUGCCGUCGUUCUCGAAGAAAAAACAAGUUUCUUUUGACGACUCAGCUACCAGAGAUCUCAGGCGUUUGCUUCGUCUCGACUUUUGAGAUCGAACUUUGCUCGGGUUUUUCAUUGAAUCAGUUAUCUCUCUUUACUCUUAUCAUUUUCGUCUCGGUUACUUCCCAUGGAUUUUCAAGAUCGGAUCCUGCCGUGAAUUUUUUUGAAAACGGGAGGUAGAUCUGAAAUUUGGGAAAAGUACAGGGACGAAUUAGUUAAAAGUUAUGGUAUCAAAUUGUAACAUGGUAUAAUCUGGGGUUUGUGUAUUGGGGUUUCUGGGUAAUUUAUAAAUUAAUAUGGGGUUUAAAAAAAAUGAGGAGGGGUGGAUGUUGUAAUAUUUGGGAAAUUAGGUAUGGGUUGCGGAGGUUGUGAUGGGGACGAGGAAGAAGAAGAAAAAAUUAUUUUAGAGAAUAUUUUAAUGUGUAUUGUGAAUUUGUCGAGGACGGUUUAGUCUUUGUGUAUUGUAAAGUAAGACGAGAAAAUUAGGGAAAAAUUUGAAGAUAUCUUAUAAAUAUCAUUGAAGUUUUUUUCUCUCU